ACAUGCUGCCAAGAAAGCAGGGCGUAGCUUAUUAAUUUUUUUUCUUUAAACUAGACUGAUUCAUAGAAACUCCUUUAAAACGCAGUGAAAAGACACCACCCCAUUGCACAUCCUGACACAGCAGCAGAGGGAAACUUAUAACUCCUGGCAGGCAGGGCACUCCCUCCACUGCAGCGCUGUACGUCGAGAAGGCAGGACUCAGGCAAAGCAAGCUCCUUCUUCUAAAGGUGCCAGAACCAGCCCCACGACAGGACUCAUCUGCAUUUGAGACCCUCCCACACACGACUGAGAAGCCAAGAUGUUGGUGCUACUGGCUGGUAUUUUUGUGGUCCACAUUGCCACUGUGAUCAUGCUGUUUGUCUCCACCAUUGCCAACGUCUGGUUGGCAAAUGCCAAGAACUCAACAGGACUCUGGCUAAGCUGCACUGAAAGUCGCUGCUCUCCAGUAUCAUUCAAUGAAGGGGAUAUGUCUUACCUCAAGGCAGUGCAAGCCUUCAUGAUCCUGUCAAUCAUCUUCUCAUUCAUCUCAUUGGUCAUGUUUGUGGUGCAGCUCUUUACCAUGGAGAAAGGAAAACGCUUCUACAUCACCGGAGCCGUCAUGCUGAUUUGCUGGUUGUCCAUUUUGAUUGCUGUCUCCAUCUACACCGCCCGAUUCCCACCGCACUUCACGCAGCCUGCCUACCACCAUGGCUACUCCUUCAUACUGGCCUGGAUCUGCUUUUGCUUCAGCUUCAUCAUUGGCAUCCUUUACCUUGUCCUGAGAAAGAAAUAAGGCUGAGAGGAGUUCAAGGAGUUGGGGGAGGGUUAGAAAUUGGGGAUGGGGAAGAUGAGGAAUCAAUCAGCUGGAAGAACUGUUUGGCCAAUAACACCAAAAAAAGCCCACCACAAAUGAAUCCACCAAAGAGCAAGAAACAGCUCCUGUCUAGCCAGCACCUCCUUGAUCCUGAGCCUUAAAGUUACAGUCAAAUGGCCUUGUCACCAGAUGCUGCUCUCCUUCCUCGCAAAGUUGGGCUGUGCCUUAAGGAACCACCAGACUCCGCAUCACCAACUUGGCAGCACAUCAAGGAAAUGAGAGCUGCAUCUUCCUUCCUCCCCCUUCCUCCCUAUUUCUCCAUAGCAUGUGUUGUGGGUGGGGCAGUGUGGGAUAAGACAUUUUGCCUAAGAGAACAAUGGGAUAGGCCCUUUUUGUUACAUUUUUAUAAAGGUUAAAGACAUUAUAUCUGGAAACAGCCCAACUAGACUAAACUUCAAAUUUUAACAAAUAUUAUCAUUGCAAAUUUAUUGCCAUCCUGUUUCCUACUUAAGAAAGAAACUAAUUCCCAUGAAUAAAUUGGGGAAGAGGUGGAGGGAUGGGAGGAGAGAGGGAAGGAAGGAGACAGGCAAGGAUUAUAGUAACAGAGGAUGCAGUUAUAACUCAGCGGUAUCCACCCCAGGGAGUAAUCUGGUGGGGUGGGGGGUGUCUCUCCACUAUAGUUGGCUGUGUAUCUCUUAACACAGCAGCAUGAUGAAGAACUCAGGGAGUCCCUAUGAAGCCAUGAACAGCCAGAUUUGUGAUGCAUGUGCUCUAUAAGCCACGGGACUGAAGGGGCUUUCCAAGCUGAUCCCUGGGGCAGCCUGUUUAGGCUUGUGGGAUCUCACUGUUCAACACUGAAUUGGGUUUUUAUAACUAUCUGUAGGUAAUAGAUUUUUCCUCCUCAUUGUAUGGGUCAUUAAUCAAACCCCACUGUGUCAAUGUCAGUCACUUCAAAGUAAGAGCCAUUUAAUGGCAGAAGAAAUAAGGCCUAAUAGUUAGAAGGGGAGGAGAGGGAAGUGGGGAAAUUGAGAAUCAGGAAUCCAGCAUUCUGUUCCCAGCUCUGUCACUUUACCUGUUUGUGACUAUGUUCUUCCAUCUGUAAAAUGAUGUUAGUUAUUCCUACCUCCCGGGGGUGUUGAGAGGCUUCAUUAAUUAAUGCCUAUACAAGGAAAUCCUCACACAAAAGGCUGUUUGGGAAAAAAAUAGCAUUGUUGUGUCAUAAUUGCAGGAAUAGAGUUACUGUCUGCAUCAGGGUAUCCAAUCCAAACAUUUCUGUCCCUUUGGAAAGCUUAAAUAGUAAAUGGAGAUUGCUAGUGGCAAGGCCUCAGGACUCACUGUGGUUAUGUCCACAAAUUAGAGCUCGGUGGCAACAAGAAAUUCAUGGGUGCAGGGUUAGUUGGAACAGUAUUUUCUUUCACGCUUUCUCUGUUACAUUCUCUUUCCAUAUAGACUUUGUUAAUUCGGUGGACAUAUUUUAGUACUGUACGCGGCUGUUUCUUUGACAGAGUAAGUGUUUAUUUCUACAGUCAUUGUAAAUAUUUUGAUACAAAUGUUUCUAGCUUUAGGGAUAUAAAAUACAAUCCAAUUCCCUUUAUUUUA